CCCGUAUGUACCAUCAUGGCGCGGACGUCAUCUUCGUCUCGCUCCAAGAGCCGCUCCCGUUCACCACCAGCCAGCAAACGUCACGAAAAACAUCGAAAACACAAGCGCAAGACGUCGUCGUUUCGAGAAAAACCGGCGCCCUCCAAGGGGUCACACGACCGGCCGCGCUCAAGAUCUCGCGACCGGAAACGCCACCGACGACACCGCAGCCGCAGUCGCAGUCCGAGACGCAUCCGGCCGCGUUCCCCGUCCAUCGACGAGUUCGGACGCAGCGUGAACCGACGAAAACCGGUCGAAAUCGACACACAAAAAACGGAAGAAGAAAUCGAGCGGCUGCGCAAGCAGAAAGAAGCGGAAGAAAAACUAAUCGAAGAGACAGUAGCGCGACGCGUCGAGAACGAAAUAGCGCGACGAGUCGAAGAAGAAAUCGCCAGACGCAGACCGGAAAUAGAAGCGGAAGUGGCCCGGAGGGUCGAGGAGGCCAAACGUGUUUUGGAACAGCAAAUGCUGGAGGAUCUCGAGAGGCAGCGGAAGGCGCAGGAAGACGAACAGAAGCGCCAGGAGGAGGAGAAGACACGCCAGAGCGUCGAGCUGCACAGAAUCAUGGAGGAGAACAAUCGCAAGCUACUGGAGGCACAGAAACGACAGAAUGAGGAGCGUUUGAAGAUAAUUCAGGAGAUGCAGAAGAGUGAAGAGGAGAAGCGGAAACACCAGGAGAUCGAGCAGAAGGAGAGAAAAACCAUGCAAGACGCGAUACUGAAUCGGAAAGGGAAGCACCGAUCGAAACUCUCCUUCUCGUUAAAUGCUCCCACGUAAACUGUUAGACAGUUGGAUAUUGUCUUGGUGUAGCUUUGUUAUGUGGACUCGAGAUAUUAGUAUACCAUAUCAUGAAACUUGAUUUUGUAAUGUGA